AGGUGCAUCGAGGCGCGCGAGGGCAUCCAGGUGAUUCACACGUACCUGCGGACGCAGCUGCCAUUCGCCUACGUUCACCUCGUGGCUUGGCUGGUGCACCUGCAGAACAUCGUUGUGGCCGUGAAGGCUGGCCUGGAGAUCGGCUGCGAGUUUCGCCCAGACGGUCAGCAGAAGCUCGAGAAGUUGUUUCAGGAGAUGUUCAGCGCUGUCGUCGUGUGCAUGAUUUACCAGGGAUUAUUGUGCAUCAGCUAUCUCAUCGAGGACCCGUUCGGGGACGACUUCAUCGAUUUCCCAAUCAUGUCUCUCACCAAUUACGUUGCCGACUCCGUCCACACUGUGCAGAAGGCACAGCAUGACUUCCCAGCGAGAGAAAGCCUGGAGCGGUGCCUGCAGUGCGUCAAAGACAGGCAGAAGACAGGGUAAGUGAUAGCCCCGACGUGGUCCAGAGCUUGGACGAGGUGAAGAAAUCGACCGAUGAACUUGGGCGAAGCUUGUCGCUCACUGAAUUAGUAUGGGCAUCCUGUGUUCGCUUGUUCGCUGGAAAGAGAGAUACAGAGAGAGAGAGAGAUAGGGAAGU